AUGAAGAGCGCCCUCUUGUGCCUCUGUCUGGUCAGCACGAUAGGUGCCGCUCCUAUGAAGACCCUCUUUGAGUACCUUCCUCAGGCUGGAGCCCCGCAGCAAAGAAGCGGCCCCUUUGUCCCUCUGGCACAGCCGCCACCACAGCCGGGCCUCAACGCCCCAGUCAGCAUUGAAAUGGUGAUGAUGCCAAAAUACUCCGGUAAUGGUCCAGCUGGAGAGCCCAUCUCACCCCAGGCAUUUCUGAAGUACAAAAUGCCCAAGACGCCCGGCAUGAAGAGUGUGGAGAUUUUCUACCCCAUCGACUACACCCAGCAGCAACAGAUCUUCUCCAGAUAUGGACUGAUGCCACCAAUGCUUCCUCAGCAGAACCAGAACCUGUUCCCGCUCUACACAAUCCCACAGAAUGGUCCCCAAAACCCAUCUCCCCCUCAGGCCCAGGCCCAGCCCCCCCCCAAGGCCCAAGGCCAGGCCCAGGCCCAGCCCGCAGCCCAGGCUAUGCAGUCAGGCACCAAGCUCUCAGGGGCUGCAGUAAACUAAAAGCCUUUACCGAUCUGGCAGGACUCCCCCUCUGAAGGUCAGGACCCCAUUGAGCUGCCUCUCCGGUCCCGCAUGGUGAUGGGGCAGCUCCCUGUUCUCUCUCUGCUUUUACAUUUCGGGAUUUUCACAUGAGGGGCGAGGCAGCGCUGCUCUCUUCACAGAUCGCGGAUGUGCCCCCCCUGGACUGUCCCUUUACUUGCCGUUGUAUUUAUGUCA